UUUAAGAGCAGCCACUGUCAUAUUCAAACGCUAUUCUUGCCUGGAAAAGAAAUCUAUCUAAAACAUCAAAAUGCAUAGUUGAAUACUAUGUGAUUUAUAUUUGUAUUUGUUUAAACGUAACAAUCGUGUCGCAAUCCAACUUCCUGCACAUGCGUGGUUGUCGUGCAGUGAGGGACAGGUAAUGAUGGCUAAUGAAAGUGCUGUGCUGCUGUCUCUGGUGGAGGAAUUUGUCUCAGGACUGCAGGACAGCAAAGCCAAAGACACAGCAGCAGGUGUCAAAAAUGGAGAUUUUACCAUUCUGCAGCUUGUGGAAGCUUUGGGGCUAAGUCUGACCAGCACUCAGCCUCACACUCGAGCCAGAGGUGUCCAGCUGCUCUCGCAGGUCUUACAGGACUGCUAUGGUGACCUCACAGAAAGAGAAGUGGAAGUGCUUAUAGCGUUUUAUGAGAACCGGCUAAAAGACCAUUACGUCACCACGCCGCCUGUUUUACAAGGCCUAAAAACACUGACAAAGUGUACGACAUUACCUCCUGGCUCGGCUGUUUCCAUAUUGAAGUCUUUGUUUCAGGAUGUUCAUGUUCAGUCGUUGCUACUGGCAGAUAGAGCGUGCGUCUACAACAUGCUCAUCAAUGUCAUGGAAAGUAGAGAGGCUGAACUUAAGAGUUUGGGAGCAGAUUUUGUGUUUGGUUUUGUGCAGUCAAUGGAUGGAGAAAGGGAUCCUCGCAACCUCCUUUUAGCCUUUCAGAUCGGCAAGAACAUCAUCCACAAAGGCUACAACCUAGGUAAAUUCACAGAGGAGAUGUUUGAAGUGACGUCCUGCUAUUUCCCAAUUGACUUCAAUCCGCCACCCGAUGACCCACACGGUAUCAGCAGAGAGGAACUGAUCCAGGCGUUAAGAGAUGUCCUGACUGGGACCCCUAAAUUUGCUGAGUUUCUGUUACCCCUCAUCAUUGAGAAGCUUGACUCGGAUGUUCAGAAUGCAAAACUGGACUCGCUUGAAACCCUGACUGCUUGUGUGUCACGAUAUGAGCACACGGACCUGGCAGGGUUCCUCGAUGGACUGUGGACAUCACUGCGUAGAGAGGUGUUUCAAACCUCGAGCGAAAGGAUUGAGUCGGCGGGCCUCGCCGCUCUUACCGCCAUCACUUCCUGUCUGUCUCGCUCGGUUCUCAACUCGGACUCCGAUGACGCCCUCGGCACCUUCCUUGAGAUGGUUCUUAAAGACUGCAAUCAUCAUCUAUGUGAGCCCGACCUGAAACUGGUGUGGCCCAGCGCCAAGCUGCUCCAGGCCGCCUGCAGCGCCUCCAACAGGGCGAGUCACAUCAUCACUGCAGCCGUCAUGCCUGCGCUCAUCAGUCAGUACAACAGCAGAACUGAGUGUUCCCAUAGACGCACAUUGUUGGAGGUGAUGCAACGCUUUGUUCAGUCUGUAAAAAUCAGCCAGUCAUCAGAGAAUGAAGAGCGAGUUCUAUCUGGCGUCUGUUCCUCGUUGUGCUGCGUGACCUUUUCUGCGCUCUCCGAGAGUAACAGCAGUCUGCAGGUCACCGCCGCAUCCGUGCUCACCUCACUUGCACAACAAACGGGUUUGUUGUCAAACUCUCAAACUGAGAUGGCCGUCGAUCACCUGACCCGACUGUUGCUGUCAGAUGAGGAUGACAAAGUCAGUCUUGCUGUGGUGGAUUGUGCUGGAGGCUUGGCAGAAGUGCACCCAACCGUUUUCAUCACCAAUAUGAUUCCAACGAUAAAGAAAGUCAUGUUUUCUGAACCGAUGGAGCAAGAUGGAGAUUUUGUGCAACAUUUCCAUCCUGCGGUGCGUCAGCGCUGUUUGUCCAUGCUCGCCGCAGUGUCCACCCGGCCCAGUGUCGCUAAGGAAAGCACGCCUGUCCUCUUGGAUGUCCUCCGUUCAGCACAUUCUGGCAAAGUUGGUUUCUCGACAGACGAGGCAGCGCUGACGUGCCGCAGCCUCCAGAGAAUAGCGGAGAAGGUUGAAGACACCGAAGAGUCGGGGCGUUGCUUCCACGAAGAUAUCAUCCUGCAACUGUUGUCGCUAGCACUCCAGGCAGCACUUCAGGGCGAAAGAUCAUCAGGUCACCACAGUCCUCUGGCGGACGAGGUGGUUCUGUCCACCAUGGUCGCUGUCAUUGGUACAGCCUGCUCUCGGUUGCAACCCACAAUGGCGGGCCAGACGGCGGCAAGGUUUGUCUCUCUCUUCCUGAAUGGUGACGUCUCCUUUUUGCCUGACAACUCCUUCCCUUCACACAUCAAGCUGCUUGCAAAUCAGCAUCAGGACGAUUCCUGGAGGCAGUCUCAGAUGGUUUGUCUGCUGAUGGGCUGUGUGUGUUCCUUACCUCGCACCGUGACGGUGCCCCAGAUGGAGCGGCUGCUGUCAGAGCUUGAGGACAUGAGCUGUACCUCCAGCCACACGCUGUCUUACACCUCGGCUGCCAAGUGUUUUGCUGGGUUGGUCAACAAGAUGCCUCAGGGUGACUCUCUAGACAACCGACUUGACAAGACAACAGCCAGAAUCUUCAGCGAGUUGAAGUCUGUAGCUUCACGUGUGCGCACACAAGCGUUCACACUUCUGGUCUGGGUUAGCAAGGCUCUUCUUCUCCGCUACCACCCCACAUGCACAGCCCUGACGGACAAGCUCUUCUCACUGCUGGAUGAUGCCGACCUCGGCCCUGCCGCCGCAGAUGGAUUCUCCUUGCUGAUGAGCGACACGGCGGACGUUCUUACUCGUAGUUGUCACGCGGAUGUGCGCAUCUUGUAUCGCCAGCGCUUCUUCAGUGAGAACUCGUCCAAAUUGGUGCAGGGUUUCAACGCGGCUCCUGAAGAAAAGAAACCCAACUACUUGAAGGCUCUGUCCAACAUCGUCAACAAACUACCCAAACUGGUUCAAGUGACUGAGUUACCCGCGCUACUGUCAUUGCUGCUGGAGGCCUUGACGUGUCCUGACCGGGGCGUCCAGCUGUCCACUCUGACCUGUCUGGAGCCGGUCCUUGCUGACCCGCCACCAGCGCUCAUCCAACAGCUGGAAGCAUUGUUCAACAGGCUGCUGGCACUCACGUCCAGUCCUGCUAUGAGCGUGAGGAUCUCCUCCCUGCGGUGCAUUCAUGCCCUUUCCUGCUUCCCUGAACAUGAAGUGUUGCCGUUUAGAGCCCGAGUGCUGCGGGCCUUAGCCAAACCUCUGGACGACAAGAAGAGACUGGUGAGAAAGGAGGCGGUCCUGGCGCGAUCCGAGUGGUUUCUUCUUGGAAGCCCUGGAGGAAGAUGAUUGUUUUUGUGGCUGUUUUUAAAUAUAUUUCAAAAAAGUCUACCUUCCACUUGCCAAGAGUAAAGAGGACCCCACUGAAGUGUAUGCAGUA